AUGCCGGUCUUCGCGACUCUAACCGCCGGUAUAGCAGAGGCGGGUAUGGGAAUUCAAAUCGAGGAACUUGAAACUGGCCCUCUGAUGGCAGACAUGGGCGAUCAACAAGAACUAGUAUCCCUAUCCCUCCAGCCGAUUUUCAGCCACCUGCGCCGUUUGUCCGCGACAAUUGCUUCCUCUCACAUUGAAACAACAAUGCGCGAAAAGCUUCAGCAAGACGAAGAUAAACUGCUACCCUUGCCAAAGGGAUACUCCGCGUGCAACGCAAGAACCGCCACAAUUGACCAAAAUAAUGACCAUCAGACUAUUCGGCGACAAGAACAAUAG